AUGAGUUUUACAGGUUCAUUAGCACUUGCUGGGGUUGGUGGUUUGGUGUAUAAGUUCGGCGGGGGCCAGUCGUAUGAGAAACUUCCAUAUAUCAAUAUCCCUUUCAACCAAUACUUGGAUAAAGUUUAUAAAAAGCACAUCACGAAACUAGUGAAUCGUACGAGGUACGUGCUAAUGAACUUUUUCAAGGAUUCGUUCACAGGAGGUGCGUUCAUGUAUCCUUUCAAGGGGUUUUUGGAGUUUAACACCAGUAAGAGCAGUUACUCAACGACUAUGCUGGGGAUAUUAUCAAUAUACUUAGUGAUGUUUGCCCUUGUGAGCUUUGUUUACUGGGCUACGAUUACACCUAUGUAUACGGCUUUUUUGAUUGUGUUGGGUCCGAUUGGCCUUUUCAUUGCCAUCUUUCAUUCAUUUUUACAAGCAAAUGUCUUCACUCUGUUGUUUAUGAGACUGAGCCACUUCAACAAUCAUUUGGUAGAAGUGUGCCUUAAAAAGAAUGGAUUAGAGCAGGAUUUCAGUGGGGUAAAACCCAUCAAGUACUAUGUGCCUAUUAACUCUGUGUAUUUUUGGGCUUAUUAUUUCCCCUUCAAAGUGAUCAAGUAUUUUUUAGGACUAGUCGUUCUCUUGGCACUCCUGGCUAUAUCUUUUUUCCCCCUGUUUGGUCCCAUUCUUUUCCAUAUUUUAAUCUCUCCCUUCAUCGCUCAAAUUUACUUCACGAAGGUUUUACGUUUACAGAACUUCAGUAAUAUACAAAGACGUGAAAAUAUCUACCUUCACAUGGGUCAAUAUACAUCGUUUGGUUUAUUAGCAGGUUUGAUCGAGUCUGUACCUAUUUUAGCAGGAUUUGCGAUUUCCACCAAUACCAUUGGCAGUGUUUUAUUUAAUGUUGAUUACCCAAUGGUUCCUGAAACUGAAACUGAAACUGUAGUAGAAACUCAUACUGAAAUUGAAGCAGUACCUCAACAGACCAACGAACAAGUAAAUUGA